AUGGCUCUCACUCGUAUCUUCGUUAUAGCCUCAUUGCUUCUCUUCUCAUUGCUUACCGUUGCCACUGCUAGUGAUUAUGGUUAUGGCACCAACCCUGAGAGUGACAAAGCAAAGUCUCAAGGUUACGCUUCUCAAUCAUACAUUGAGAAGUUGAAAUCUGAGUUAAAGGGUUACAGUUCCAAAGUAGAAGAUAAUGACAACACGUUGAGAAAGCUCAAGGCUGAGGAGAAGGGUUAUGAUUCUAAGUCAGAUAGCAUUGGUUAUGGUUCCAAACCGUAUACUGAGAAGUCAAAGCUUAAUGGUAAGGGUUACGAUUCCAAGCCAGAAGCUAAUGGUUAUGACACUAAACUGUACGUUGAGAAAUCAAAGCAUGAGCAAAAGGGUUACAAUUCCAAGCCAAAUGUCAAUGGUUAUGGCUCCAAACCAUAUGUUGAGAAGUCAAAGUCUGAGGGUUACGAUUCCAAGCCAAAUGUUAAUGGUUAUGGCUCCAAAUCAUUUGCUGAGAAGACAAAGUAUGAGGAAAAGAAUUACGAUUCAAAGUUAGAAGGUAAUAGUUAUGAUUUCAAGCAAUAUGUUGAGAAAUCAAAACAUGAGGAUAAGGGUUACGGUUCUAAGCCAGAAGAUAAUUGUUAUGGAUCCAGUCCUAAGGACAAUGAAUAUGUUUCCAAGUAUGAAGGUAAUGGUUAUGAAUUAAAACCAAAUAGUAUCGACCUUGGCCGUAAAUCAGCACCAACUGGUUGCUAA